GUUGUUUCUUCAGAGUAUUCUUCUACUUGAUUUUCUUUCCUUAACUUGGUCCUUCAUUUGAACCGUAAACCAUCCAGACUCGGUUGGCACCCGACUAGUACGACAUUUGACGCAUUCGAGCUAGAACACGACAAAAUGUCUUUGAUGCUCUCUGAUAACCUGGCUCCCCAGCCAGUGACGGAUAUCUUCACCAGCGACACCAACAUUGACAGACGGAAAUGCCACCGCACUGUGCCUAUGAAAGUGCUAGCCCUCGGCGUUGGCCGAACAGGAACAGCUUCUCUCCGCAUUGCUCUUGAGCGUCUUGGGUACGUCAAGUGCUACCAUAUGAUGUCUGCCAGUAUGGAGAAUCCUCCAGACUGCCUGAUGUGGCACGAUGCUCUCAAUGCCAAAUACGACGGUGUGGGUGAAUUCGGUCGCAAAGAGUGGGAUCAGCUUCUGGGAGACUGCCAGGCUGUUUGCGACUGGCCAGCCUGCGCUUUCGCCAAGGAACUGAUCGAAGCCUACCCCAACGCAAAGGUCAUUCUGACCACCCGUGAUGUGGACUCAUGGCAUGCCUCCGUCAUGAAGACCGUCUACUGGCGUGUCUCCGACCCCGAGCACCGCUUCGUUUCCAACUUCAGCUGGGCUGCGAGCAUGUAUUACCCUAUGCUAAACAAGUUCUUCAACACCUUCUUCCGCGGCGACUUCCCCAACAAGGGCAAGCAGGUCUACGAGGACCAUGUCGCAGAGGUCCGCAGCCUCGUUCCCCCAGAGAGGCUCCUCGAGUACAAGAUCAGCGACGGCUGGGGCCCGCUGUGUGAGUUCCUCGGCGAGGAAGUUCCGGACACUCCCUUCCCCCGUGGAAACGACAUGGCCGACUUCUUCAAGCGCUGCCGUGGUCGCAACAGGCGCCAGAUGGCCAACGCCGCACUGCAGGCUGUUACCAUGGGCGGUGCCAUCAUCGCUGCUGGGUUCGCUGCUACCAUGGCUUUCAAGCGUUUCUCUCGGUGAACUGUUCUACGUUCCUCAAAUCUUGCCUUCUACUCUUGUGGUCCGCGCUGGACGUGGCCAUGACUUUCUCAAGCAUCAUACCUUCAGCUGUGGGAUUUUUUCCGUUUUCUGUCUU